GAGUUGGGACUUCCCUUGGCCAUCUUUCUCUUUCCAGCGCUUGAGAGUUGAGGGUUGAGGGUUGAGGGUUGAGGGUUGAGAGUUUAGAGUUGAGAGAGAGAGAGAGAGACCUGCGUGCACUGCAAUUCGUCUUUGUGAUACCAAAAAAUGAUCAGUGUACAAGAUUCUAAGACGCUGUUCUCUCUGCUCAACGCGGAUCAACGGCCAUUGGGAGAAAUCAUCUCGGAUUUCAGCUCCAAAUUUCCGCUAGAAAUGCAUUUCAGAAUCUGCUGCUCGCUCGCUGUCCUCUUAGAGGAUAAAAAGAUGCUCAAACCCACUCAGCGUUUGGUGGCAUUUGCUAUUCUACAUCAGACUCAUUCUUCACAGCCAUUUUCAGCAAAUCCGUUCAUUUCUUUAGUUAUAGAUGCAGCAUGUGAUGAUGUGGCUGAAAAAAUGGAAAGGGCUUUUAUUCUCCAGUUGUUGGGGUCUGCUGGUGCUGGCAACAGCAAGGAGGUUUAAUUUAUUUCAUUUGCACAGAUUUUUUUUUCUUGGAACACUGCUUGCUUUAAAAAAUAU